GUAUAUUUAGUGUAGGAAGUCAGUAGUGUGUCAGACGUGAACCAUUAAGGGAGUUACCUGUAAAUAAUAAUAUCAAUUUAAUUUAAAUUACCAAACACAAAAAAAUCAUUCAUUAUGAAGUUCUUAUUUGCUUUAAUUGUUGUUAUCGCUUUGAUUUUCGUUGCUCAAGCUCAAGUUGAUAAAGCAGUGUGCGCUCAACCAAAAGAUGUUGGACCAUGCCGCAGCUCAAAACCUACUUUUUACUUCAACAACGAAUCUAAGGCUUGUGAAAAGUUCCUUUAUGGUGGCUGCAUGGGCAAUGAUAACAGAUUCCCUACCAAGGAAGAAUGUGAAGCUGUUUGUUUGUAAAUAAAGUGAUUUAAAUUAAGUGA